UUUCUGCAGAAAUUGUUUUCAACACAGACAAAAAAAGUUUAUUUUAACAUUUUGCUGCUUCCAGCCUUGAACAUUUGUGUCCACCAUCAGUCACAUGCACGCUCGCACGCACGUACCCGUAUCAUGCCCACAGAAAACCGUCUCUGCUGGUGACCCGGGUCCACCUGGACCCUGAGGAGGUGACGCUCAGCCGCGCAGGACGCGCCGUUUUCGGCAGAGAACGGCGGGAUUUCUGCGCUCUUCCUCCGUCAGUUCUGGAGGUUUAUCUGAUGCAGGAUUGAAGAGGAGCAGCUUCCGAGGAAGAACCUCUGCUGGGAUCCUCCGACAGCAGAAACAUCUGCAGAGACCCGCGGAGAAAGAGUCGCUUCCUGCUGUUGGACGAUCAGAUCCUUUCAUGAUUUUCUAACAAGUCCACUCAGUUUGGGAGGACCGUUUCCAUGGCAACGCCGACCUCUGUUUGGGCGGGGGACGCCAGUGACCUCAACGAGAGAAGACACGAGCUGUGUGGGCCACCCUGUGUUUGGAGUAGUUCCCCCCCUGCUGGUUGGACGUGGGAGCAGCAGUUCUCUCCCCACCUGCAGAGAAACAAACAGCUGCAGGACGCUCUGCUGCAGAGGGAGGAGGAGCUGGCCCGCCUCCAGGAGGAGAACUGCAAACUCAGGGAGUUCCUCAGCUCCUCCUUCGUGAGGAGCCUGCAGGAGAAGGCGGAGAAACUGGGCGUGGCCAGCCGGGUGGCGCUGAAGAGAACUCUGAUGACCAGGGACGUCGAACCCCCCCGGCUCUCUACCCAUCGCCUCCUGCCCUCCAAGAAAGUCAGCAAGAGGGUCUGCAGGAACCUCAUGGCCGAGUUCUGCUCAGAGACCCAAGAGUCCCCCUCAGAACCGAACCUGGACCUGUGGGUCCUACGGACGCUGGGCCUGAAGGACCGGGACACCAUCGACACGUCCAGCCAGUCAGCUCCAGACUUCAGCAUCUGGGAGGGGGAUUCCUCCGGUUACACCCCCGACUCCACCUUGGACUCGCCCGUCUCCACGGCGACGCCUUCAUCGGUUCACAGCUGCUGCCGAGGAACCGCAUCCGAACCGGACCACGGGUUCUCUGCAGAUCCAGAGACUUCGGAAAAGUCCAGCGCAUCUGCAGGGAUGGCCCCCCCCCCAGGAUCCGGGAUCAGGAGCUUCAGCACCUGGACCACCUUCCAAAGACCGGACCUCUGUUCCAUCACUGGCUCAAGUCCGGCCCACAGUCCGGACAGGGACCCAGCAGGGCUGUCGUUCUGGUCUCCACCUCCUGACAGGUGGACUCCCCCAGAAAAUGUCCUCCCACCCCCCCUCCUGACUUCAACUCCAACCUCCAACCAACCCUGGGCGUCUCCUGGUCCCUGGAACCGCACGAGUCCAUCGGAUCAUCCUGAAGUCCGGACGCCCCGCAGGUCCACAGACGUGGCCUUCAGCAUGUUCCUGCGGCCGUCCAGCAGCGUCAAGACCCACAGCUUCCCCCAGGGCCAGGCCUUUGUCAGGAGGGACACAGGGGGGCGCUGCAACUUCACCUGGGUGCCCAGACAAGAACCCUAAAGAAGGACUGCCAGAAACCUCCAGGAAGGAAGAAAGAUGCUGCCGAGGAGAAGAAACACAGCUUUGUCUGGCUGCUGAACGGUACACUGGAUCUGAGUGGAGCCUGACGGACACAGAUCCAUGAAGUCCUCAACUGGACCUGGACAACAUCAACAGUUCUCUGGGAUCAGUGACACCCACUGGGCUCCAGCCUGCAGACCUUUGGUCCUGGGAUGACACCAGGCGUCUGCAGAUCCUGUGGACUCGUCCAUGUUUCCAUGUCAACCAUGAAGCCAGACCAAGACCACACAAACAUCUACCAGGACUGAGGUCUUCCAGGAAGCCUUAACCUGGAUUUAACAGCAUGAACCGGAUCUGAGAAGACCUGAUCUCCUAAUGAUCAUCUGGAGCAGAAUGUGUAGUAAAUCCUGAUCCAGAACAAGUCCACAUCAUCAAACUUCCACCGCCAUGCUUUAGAAAGAACUUUGAUCCAGAAGUCUUGAUGUUUGUCUGGAGGUAGUUUGGUGAACGUCCUGUUCUUCUCUCUUCUUCUGCCUCUUUUGUCUUCUGAACUUUCUGAGAUGCUGGUUCUGUCCUUCCCUCCGAAUGAUGGACGGGUUCUUCUUUCUCUUCACGCUGAUGUGGAGGAACAGGAGGGUUCUUCUUCUCUUUCUUCAUCACUCUUUCAUUGUCAGAAACCACAAGGAUCAGCUUUGAUUUUUAGGCUUUAAGAACAUUUUUUUCAAACAAGUUUUCUCACGAGCUGAAAACAGCAGAUGUGAAAACGGGGAACCAGAAGAAGUUCACCUGUUCAGGUGUGAUGAAGCUGCGACAGAACUGAACCUGUGACGGGUUCCUGCCUCUGAUGGAACAAAUAAAACUUGCUUCCCACUUAAA